CGGGACGGCGCGGGCGGCGCUGCAGGGCGGCGCGGGCGGUGGGGCAGGGUGGUGCCGAGCUGAGCAACGGCGCGGGCUACUGGGCGACGGCGGAAGGUGGCGUCCGCGCGCAUGGUGACGGCGGCGGCGGCGGAGGAUGCAAGCGGCGGCCGCGAGCAUGGCGACGGCGGCGGCGGAGGAGGCAAGCAGCGGCCGCGCGCAUCGCGACGGCGCCAGCGGUCAGCCGCGGGCAGGGCGACGGCUACAGACGGCGGUGGCGCGGCUCCAGAUCUGGUACGCCUCUCGAUCUCCACUCUCACUCCACCCUCCCUCUCCACCGUCCGCUGACUCACCUUCGCCGGCCGGCGACGACGGCGAUGGAGGGGAGGUCGCGCUGGAGGUGAGGUCGCGUCGCGGAAGUCCGGAUGGGGGCGGGAGAGGCGGCUGUUGCAAAAUGGCGUGAGGAGAGAGACACUCCAUUUUUGCCUCUUCUCUCUCCUAAUUUGGCGCAUCCGCCACUUUUGGAGGGCCUGUUAGCGUAUCUGCUGGAGCUGAUUUUUCCCCUUUUAUACGGCAAAUGAAGGAUGGAUGACCGGUUAGAGGAACUGCUGGGGAUGCUCUAAGUGCAUUUUCUUUCUUUCUUGAGGAGGAUGCAUUCAAUAUCACCCAAAAAUUUAUAAGAACUUGUCAGUGAAUUGCUGAACAAAUGCAUAGAUGCAUUCUCUUUCUCUAUUAACUAAAACAUGGUAACAGAAGCAUAUAAGAACAACUGUCCGACUGCAUACGGGGACUACUACUAAUCUACUAUUGCAGUACGGCUAACCGAAAAUCUUCUGGUUCAGAUCCUAAUGUGUCACCCCAAUUGGUACUGCUGACACCAUGCAUGUUAGUCCUUUUCUAUCUCUUCCUGAAGACCUUGUCAAAUAGUACAAUACAAAGCAGACGCAGAAAGCAUGCAUGCUGCAUGCCAAAUUGCCAAUGCCUUGUGUAUGGGAAUAUAUGCAGUUGUAGAGACGUUUCAGUGUUGCAUCAUACAAAAGAUGGCUGUGCUUCAUCCGCCCUGCCGCUCUUCCCUCUUCUUAGUAGUGACGCUGCUAGUUUUUCGUUCAUCUCCAGCAUUGCCUCAUACUUUCUUUAUCUUCGGAGACUCCCUUGUUGAUGUAGGCAACAAUGACUAUCUUGUGACCCUCUCCAAGGCCAAUGCUCCACCAUAUGGUGUUGAUUUUGCGUUUUCUGGUGGCAAGCCAACUGGAAGGUUCACAAAUGGGAGGACCAUUGCCGAUGUCAUUGGUGAAGCCUUGGGGCAGAAAUCUUUUGCUCCACCCUACUUAGCUGCAAAUUCAAGUGCUGAAAUGAUGAACAGUGGUGUUAAUUAUGCCUCUGGUUCUUCUGGCAUAUUUGAUGAGACCGGCUCUUUUUAUAUUGGAAGAGUGCCACUAGGGCAGCAAAUCAGCUACUUCGAGAAAACCAGAGCUCGAAUACUGGAGAUCAUGGGGGAGAAGGCUGCUACUGGGUUCUUGAAGAAGGCGCUGUUCACGGUUGCUGCAGGAUCCAAUGACAUCUUGGAGUACCUUUCACCUUCCAUGCCAUUCUUUGGACGAGAAAAGUAUGAUCCUUCAGUUUUUCAGGAUUCCUUGGCUUCCAACCUGACAUUUUAUCUGAAGCGGUUAAAUCAACUUGGAGCAAGAAAAAUUGUUGUUGCUGACGUUGGGCCACUGGGAUGCAUACCGUAUGUUCGUGCUUUAGAGUUCAUUCCUGCAGGGGAGUGUUCAGCAUUUGCUAACCAACUCACUCAAGGUUACAACAAGAAACUGAAGAGGAUGAUCUACAAGCUGAACCAGGAGAUGGGGCCUGAGAGUAGAUUUGUUUACGCAAACACGUACGAGAUCGUGAUGGAAAUCAUUCAGCAGUACCGUCAAUACGGUUUUGAGAAUGCGCUGGACCCAUGCUGCGGAGGCAGCUUCCCUCCAUUUCUCUGCAUCAGCAUCGCUAACUCAACCUCCACCUUAUGCAAUGACCGGUCCAAGUACGUCUUCUGGGACGCGUUCCACCCGACCGAAGCCGUCAACUUCAUCGUCGCCGGCAAGCUUCUCGACGGCAACUCCGCCGUUGCUUCUCCCAUCAACGUCCGAGAGCUGUUCCAAUACCAAUACAAAUGAGAGAUGUGCUUUUGCCCAGUUGCUAUGGCAUUCAUUCCUGUUUGGCUGUAUCAAUUCCCAUCCUCUUUCAGUCUUUUCCUCUGCAAUCUUCUCGGGCAUAAUUGGACUGGACAGCACGCCUUUAACGAGUAGAAUGUGACUGAAAGUGCGCUUUACGACA